AUGGACUCAUCACUCGAUAAUGACAUAAACGUAGUUAUCUCAAAGUAUUUUAAAGACUCGCCUCUUAACCACAAAAUAGCCUCCGAAUACAAUUCACUCUGCCGCACCAUUAUUCGGCAUAUUCCCGAGAUGUCAUUCGAUGAGCGAGCAUUAUUAAAAUAUGUGAAGAGAAGCGAAGAAGACCCAACUCCUGAAGGCGAACCAGCAACUCGAAAACGAAAGCGUCCUCCCAAUGCGUAUUUCUUGUUCAUGACCACCUUUAAAGAGUUAGUAAAUAGACUGGCAAUUGAUGAGAGUCUUGACGGUAAAAAGCGGCAAAGGUUAGGAGCAACAUUUUGGAAUUGUCUGAAGAAGGAGUACCAAGCGCCUUAUAUGCUUGUAGCCAAAGAAGCUCGAAAAGAUUUUCCGCAGAUGACUUACGUACGAAGACGUUCACAAAGGAAUAAGUAG